AAAUUCGCGGUCGUCGUUUUCACAUCACACUUCGGUCAGUAAACAGACCAUGGCGUUGAGAAUAUUGUGCCUCCUCAGUCUUUUGGCUUUCUCCCACGCUGGGAUCCUUCCACUCUUUGAUCCCAGAAUCGUGAAUGGAGAGGAUGCCAAAAUAGGCGAGAUACCGUAUCAGGUGUCUCUUCAAGAACGUGAUUCUAACUUCCAUUUCUGUGGCGGCUCCAUCCUGAACGAUAACUAUGUCAUCACAGCAGCCCACUGUGUUUCCGGCAAAUCUGCAAGUGGAAUAAAAGUUGUUGCUGCAACGAUUGACCUAACCAAACCGAAAUCGCAGCAUAAUAUCGUAAAAAUCAUUGUACACGAAGAAUAUGACGCAUCUAAUUCCUGGAUUAACGAUAUCGCUCUACUGAAGGUUCAAAAUCCCUUCAAAGAAUCGUUCACCGUCAGACACGUUCCUCUGCCACCAAAAUAUCACGAUGUUAAGGCUAACGAUGUAGCCGUUGUCUCGGGAUGGGGCAGACUCUGGCAAGGUGGACCAAGUACCCCUAAGCUACAACGAGUCAACAUCUUCAUCGCUGACCAAAUGUACUGCAAGUAUAUGUACAACAAUAGGGGAUACAACAUCUAUUCUACGCAUGUUUGCGCGUACGAUCCGUCAAUAGAGAAAGGCUCUUGCAACGUAAGUCUCUCCUAAAAUUUUACUUAUCAUGCAUCUGUUCAUCUCUCUCUCUC